AUGUAUUUACGAAUAGCUGAAACAAACGGAUUAUUAGCAUUUGAAAUAAAAGUAAUUCAAGACGACAAUGGUAUCGAUAUUAUUUUGACUCAUAAGGAAAAACUUAUUCUUAUACAAUGUAAGAAUGUAGAAACUCCUAUAAAUGUUCAUAUUGUAAGAGUUUUCGAGUCAGCACUUUCAAGAUUUUCGCCAGAUUCUCUAGGACUUAUUGUAUACAAUAGCGAAAAAUUAGACGAAAAUUUUGCCACUCCUAAAGCUAAAAAUUGGGCCACUACGUCAAAAAAGAAUAUCAAGAUCUGUAACGAAAAAGAGUUCGUUGAAAUUAUCAAGAAUUUUUUUGAAAAUGAUAAUGAUGAUCAUAUCGAAUUGAUUAAUUUUACAGCAGAUAGUUUUGAUUUAAUUAAAUCGCAAAAAAGAGCUCGUUUAGGUGAAUUGGUCAAAAGGGAGUAUUUGGAAAUGCAUAAUGCUUAUUACCUUGAAGAUAUUGAUUUGGUAUAUCCUGAGAAUUUAAAAUUUGAAAAUAUUGUUAAUCUUUGCGGCGAUGAUUGUGCUCAAUGUCUUGGC